AUGGUCACAUCUCUCCAGAAUACAACAUCACAUAAAACGACCUUUACCAUUGGUACUCGUAAAUCACAACUGGCACUUGUUCAGACCUACAUUGUGAGAGAUAAAUUACAAGCCAUUUAUCCUCAUUAUGAAUUCAAUAUUGAGACCAUGUCCACCACGGGCGAUAAGAUUCUCAACCAAGCCCUCAGUAAAAUUGGUGAAAAGGCACUCUUUACGAAAGAGCUGGAAAUUGCCUUGGAAAAUGGUACCGUAGACUUUGUUGUACAUAGUUUAAAGGACUUACCUACCGUGCUUCCACCGGGGAUGGUUUUGGGAGCCAUUACAGAAAGAGAGAACCCGAACGACGCUUUGGUGUUGAAUAAGAAAUGUGAGGGAUUGACGUUGGCUACGUUACCAGAAGGCUCUGUGAUUGGUACAAGCUCGUUAAGAAGAGUAGCUCAAUUAAAACGAAGAUAUCCCCAUUUAUCAUUUAAGGAUGUGAGAGGCAAUUUGAAUACUCGUUUGGCUAAAUUGGAUGAUGAAAAUGGACCUUAUAGCGGUAUCAUUCUAGCCGUGGCAGGCUUAGUGCGUAUCGGUCAGGAGAAUCGUAUCUCACACAUCUUGACCUCUUCCGACUCUUUACAUGCUGUGUCUCAAGGUGCAUUGGGAAUUGAAUGUCGUGAAAACGAUCCACAAGUAAAGGAACUAUUAGAGGCAUUGAAUCACAACGACACGAGGUUAUGUUGUUUGUGUGAACGUUCUUUGAUGCGCACUUUAGAAGGAGGUUGUACAGUACCUAUUGGCGUCAAUACAAAGUUAGAUCAGGAAAAGAAUACAUUGUGGCUACAUGGCUUAGUAGCUAGUUUGGAUGGUAAAACCGUCAUUGAAUAUCAGGACCAAGUCAGCCUUACACCAGCUGAAGAAGAAGAAGAAGCAGAGCAAGCACCCGCUUCUGCAACAGACGCCACCACCGGUGCAGUAGCAGCAGAAAACACCACCCAUGAUACCAACCUUAGCAUUAGACGUUUAAGGGAUAGACGAGAGAAAAUAGCUGAGCAAUUGGGACGUCAUGUUGCUAAUACCUUGAUUCAAAACGGCGCAGACAAGAUUUUGGAAGAAUUGGCUCAUCACUAA